UUCAGUGACGUUGGGUGUGCGACAACGUUGCGUGACGUCAGUAAAGCGGAAGAACCGGUAGAGGCUUCACACGUUGAUAAAUCCGUGCUACAAACAGUGUUUUGCUCCUCCUGAAUGUGACACGUUUCGGAAAGGUGUGAUCAUGGCCAAGCAACCGCUGGGGAAGACGUUGCUGAGGAACGUAAUCCGCCACACGGAUGCUCACAAUAAGAUCCAGGAGGAGAUAGAAAUGUGGAAAACGCGAGACUGGCAGGUGCACUCCUCCCACAACAAGCAUAUGCCAGACACCAAGAGUGUGAGGGGGCAAAUGCACUGUGAUCGAACGUCCGAUCAGCCCAGAUAUCUGAGUCAAAGCAGGAACCGAGUCUCGGAACACGAUGACAGGGAGGCCCGGUACUGGAGUCGCAAACUGUAUGAAUUUGAGGCCGGUGAUCCCGACAGGUGGGGACAUAGUGGCUUCAAGGAGCUUUAUCCCGAGGAGUUUGAAAGUGACAGUGAGAAAACAAGUUCCACAAGAAAGGUUCGGCGGCACAAAAUGAAAAAGUCCAAGUCAGACCGAGAAGCAAGCCUAUCAAAAAGAUCCAAAAAAUCCUCUCGAAAGAAGAAAAAGAAAAAGAAAGACGAGGAGGAAAAGCGCAAGAAAGACAAGUGCUCAAGCAGCGACAGCAGCAGCACUGACAGCAGUGCUACUAAAGACAGGCAGCAGAGGAAAAAGACCAAAAGUCGACAUAAAAACAAGAAAACUGGAAAAAAACAGCGGAGGGACGAAGACAGCAGCUCGAGCGACGGUGAUGGCAAAGAAGAAAGGGAGAGGGGGAAUCAAAGGCGCAAAAAGCGUAAGCUGGACUGCCAUAAAGAAUCAGACUCUGGGCCAGACACAAAAAAGAAAUGCUGACAAUACUGGAAAGCAGCAGGGCAGCAAGGCUUGGGUGAUGGUUCUUGAGAUUCAGACGGAGAGACUGACACACAGCUCAGGUAACGACUGGGAAAAGAUACUAUUUUGUUCAUCUUUACUUCACAGAAGGCUUUUCUCUCUGCAGGGCCGCUCUGUAUUACUCUCUGUUAGACGCCACCAAACCUACGCUGUCAGCCUUCUCUGUGGAUUUUCGGCGAAGCGAUACCUCAUCUACCUCUGCGGUGACGCGAAGCACAGCGUACGACGCAGCGCAUGCAGCGGGAAGAGGGGAGCUGGGCCGUCCACCACCUGCCUCAUUAAGAACUGUCAGCUGCAGGCUCAUUGAUUGAUCAUUGACUGUGUGCCUCAUGUGGGGACCUUCUGUUCUUCAUUGACCACCGUUUUUUACUGCACAUUUUAUUUCCUCACCAACUAUGGAAAAAUGUGCAUUUUCUCUUACUCAUUUUUUUUAGUAACUUCUAAUAAUUGCAUGAAGAAUUUUGUCUUAGUCUAUUUUUCUGUUUUUAAUAAAAAGUCCAAAUAUCUUUUUUUAAACGAAAUGUCUGGGGGUUUUCUGCAGUUGUCUUAUUGUCAACAAAUGUUGUUUACAGACCAAAACCAAUCAUAACCAACUAACUGUUUUGUGAGUAGCCAAUGCUUCAUUUGCUCAAGGUACCACACAACUAAUGUUGGGACAGGGGGUAGAGUGAGUGUGGAGGAUAAAUGGGAAGGGGACAGUACUCUUAAGUUUAAGUACAGUCUGACCUUUCUGGAAGAGCAGAGGGGCUUUUAUGAUUAUUUUAUAGGUCUCAAUCACGUGUACGAAGGUUGUUAGAAAGGUGUGGCAUUUGUUUUGAUAAGAACAAAGAACUUUAUUCCAAGGAUGUAUAUAAAGUGUUGCAAUACAUCUGUUUGUAAAAUAUAUAGAAUAUGUACAGCUCUUUCUAUCAGCGGCUAUUGGAAUAUCUGUGAAAUAUGUUUUAGGGAUGUGACAUUUUAGUUCAGAUUACUAAACACCAUGUCAGAUAAAUGUAACAUUUGUUCCAAAUACAGAAAUGUAAUAAUGAAGUUUCACUGUAGAUAAGUGCGUUCAUAAGUCACGUAAUACCUUGAAAUUAUACCCUGUCAGAAAAGUUCUGUUUUCGUAUACAGGAGACUUAUGAUUUCUUUUGAUCCGUCCAACUGUUUCUUAGGAAGUACACAGGGCGGCUUCCUCUCCAAUCAAAGACGCAGACUGUUCCAGUCUUUUUAAGAUCAAGAGAUGUACUUUAAUAAGCAGCUGUUCACAAAACAAAAACGAUUAAUUGGGGGUUUGUUUUAAUUGUGGGUGAAUUUAAAGCCUGGGAAAAAUAUUCAAUAACUCGCAUGUCGCAAACAACUCUAUUUCAAUCACAUUAACAUCACAUUCUUUGCCGCCGGUCAGUUUCUUCCCACCAAUGAACUCAGUAUACAACUUUUUAAAGAGGAGCAUCCCUGUGCCUUGUGGGUUAUUUUUAGAUAAUGUGAUACUAAAGGAAGUGCUGGUAAAAGUGUGCGAUCUGGAGAAGCCUGCAGCACUUUGCUGAGUGUUUCGAUGGGCUGUUGAGCUCGGCUGCAUCUACCAAAACGUUGGAAAGGGAAAACAGCUAAAUAAAAUUCAGCUGGU